AAAGUAUAUAUAUGGGUAAAUUGAGUCGUUGAAUGUUUUUUCAUCGCAGUUAUUAAUAUUAUAAUUAACUACGAUUCAACGUGAUUUGACGACACUCUAUUUCAAGGAUAUAAGCUUAACUCGGUUUUAUUUGUCUGUGCGAUGCCAGUUGGUCCGAAUAUUUUCAGGACACAGUGUAUUACCAGUCAAUAACUACGUAAUGAUAUCAAAAAACGUAAUUGUGUUGUUGUUUUUUGUCCUGUUCGCGAACGUUUUCAGUUACGAUGAACGCUCGUCCGCGGGAUCCAAGGAUUCAAACGAAAUGGACGUUUACCGACUGCCGGGAAAUACUGUCCCGGACUCGUACGAUUUGAAAAUCACGCCGGAUUACAAUUACUAUACGGACGCCGUUGACUUCGACGGGGAGGUAGAAAUUGUGAUCGACGUGAAAUCCGAAACUUCGGCGAUUACGUUGAACAGCAAAGAUAUUCUAGUUUACGUGGCGUAUGUGCACGAAAAAAUAACAGAAAACGACGUUGACGUAUCGGAAGUCCGUUGCGAUGAACAAAAUGAACAAUGCAGCAUUUUGUUGAAAACCCGAUUAAAGGUUGGAAUUCAAUACGUGGUAAACAUCGAGUAUCACGUGAAAAUCGAUGCAAAUGAAAUGGAAGGAUUCUACAAAAGUACAUACGACAAGGACAGCCAUAAAGAAUGGCUACUCUUGACAUAUUUCGAACCCACCGGAGCCAGGAGAAUAUUUCCGUGUUACGAUGAACCGGCGCACAAAACGCCUUUUAACAUAACAUUGAAUAGGCCGAAAAACAAACCGUCACGGUCCAAUAUGCCGAUUUAUACCAGUGAUUACGAUGCAUCCACGCAAGAGAUACGUGACAUUUUCGUCGAGACUCCGCCGAUCUCCACGCACAUGGUCGCGUUUGUCAUUAGCGGAUUCGAUUCGACGACGACCGGAAGCGUUGCCGGCGAUAGCCCCGUGUACGUGUUCACAGACGUAGAUCGCUUAGACCAGGUGAAAUACGUAUCCGGUGAGGCACCAAAGCUGUUGGCGGCCAUGGAGAACUUCACGGAAAUGCAGUACGAGCUACCGAAACUGGACUUGUUCGCCGUUCCGGAUUUCAAGUCGGACGGUAUGGGUAACUGGGGACUGAACACAUACCGUGAAAAAUAUUUGCUACUGGACGAUGAGUCCAGCGCCAAAGCCAAGGAACUUGGGCUAACAAUGGUUCAGCGUCAAAUCGCUCGUCAGUGGUUUGGAAACUUGGUCACGUGCUCCUGGUGGGACUACCUGUGGCUGCACGACGCUUUUGCCGCGUACUUUCAGUACUUUUCCACGGACACGGUCUAUCCCGAUUGGAGGAUGAACCAGAUGUUCGUUGUCGAACGGCACCAGCGUGCUUUGGAGUAUGACCAAACGCCCAGGCGUGCGAUUACUGCGUCCGUGAACACUCCAGAUGACAUCAACGAGAUAUUUUAUGACUCCACUGAUGGCAAGGCAGCCGCGUUUUUGCGUAUGUUAAAGUGCUACACUAACGAAACAAUAUUCGAACAGUCGUUGGUCCGAUUUUUGAAACAGUACAAAUACGGAUCUGUAGACCCCGACGGGUUGUUUGCGGCAUUUGAAGACACUAUAGCUGAAUAUCAAUUUGAUUUUGGGCAAGAUGUUACGGCCACUAAUUUCAUGAAACAGUGGACAGAACAAGCUGGAUACCCCAUGAUAAAUGUAGUAAAGGCCAAUGACGAGUUUGUCAUAACUCAAGAAAGGUGCCUAAUGGACACUCCCGACAAAAUAACCGAUUCAUCGAAAUGGUACGUUGGGAUCACUUAUACAACUGAAUCAAGUAAAAAUUUCGAAAACUUAACGUUGGCUACAUGGUUCAAGCCUACGAUGGACAAAUGUAUUCUAUCGGCUCCACAAGACCCGGGGUGGUUCAUAUUUAAUGUACAAUCCGCUGGGUUUUACAGGGUUAAUUACGACACAGACAAUUGGUCAUCACUGAUCAGCCAAAUGAAAGAAACUCCUACUGAAGUUCAUGUACUCAACCGUGCUCAGCUGAUUGACGAUUCGUUCUUCUUGGCCAGAGCUGAUCAGUUACAUUAUUCAUUUCCAUUAAGAAUAUCAUCAUAUUUAAAAAUAGAAGAUGACGUGUUACCAUGGUAUUCUGCGAUAAACGGAUAUGCGUACCUAAUAGAACGCAUGCGACGUAAUGAAACCGAGUAUUCAGAUUUAAGAGAAUGCGUUAGCAACUUGGCAGGUAUCAUUUAUAAAAAAACGGAAGACAAAGUAGUAGAAGAAAAAAAUACAGACCACAUUAUCCUAACUAGCUGGAAUGCAUUUUCUGUAUGGGCGUGUCAAUUAAAUAAUGAGAUGUGCAUACAAUCAGCGUUUGAUUACUAUACCAAAUGGCAAAAAGGAGAAAAAAUACCUUCAGAUAUUAGAGACGCGGCAUUCUGUGUUGGUGUUCAUAUAACAAAUGAAACCUCAACAUGGGAACAAAUGCUUGACCUGUAUAAAACAACAAGAUCACCUUCCGAAAAACAGUCGGCGCAAACAGCGUUGGCAUGCACGGAAGAUGAUGCACUAUUGUCGAGAUAUUUGAACUACGUUUUUGAUGGUAAUGAUGGACCAAUUCGUAAACAAGACUUUAAUGAUGUAUUUACUGCAGUAUCCUCCACGCCAAUAGGACUUGAAGUUUUAAUAGAUUUUUUGGUGCAAAAUUUAGACCAAAUUACCAAAAAACUGACUGAUGGCAAUAAUAUAGCAAUAUUUAUAUAUUCAAUAUGCGCUUCAAAAGCAGCUCUUGAUUCCGAAAUCGAUAAAAUAAAAAAUUUAAAAGAUGAUCCAAACACACCGGAAAACCUCAGGAAGGCAUUUAACGAAUCGUAUAAACAGGUAGAUAACAACCUAUACUGGUACAAUAAAUAUCACGAAACAGUGAAUCAAAAUACAGGUUGCUCAGGCGACUACACAACAACUGAUGAACCACCAAUAACAUCUACCCAAAAAAUACAGUCAACUACUGAGGAAGAAACGCAAACGACUGCACAAACUACACAUGGAGACACAACAUUAUCAGAACAAACAAAAACCCCCCUCACUGAAACAUCAACUGAAAGUACCAUUGUAUCAGAAUAUCCGGAACAAACAACUGAUAAAUCCCCGCCAACAUCACUAGGAGAUACCACGGAAACAGGCAGCUUAGCAACAACCACGCAUACUUACACUGAAACACAACCCACAGAGACUACUGAGACAAAGUACACUGAAUCAUCAACAGCA